UGCUCUUGAUUCAAGAGAAGCGUCAUUGAUAAAGUGCAUCUGAAAUGGUAACACACUCUAAAUGCAUGUGUUUAAUUACAAUCUUGAGCGUUUAAAGUCUCACACUGGCACCGUGUGUGCCUGAGGAAUCUGAGUAAGUCAUGGAUAAUCGCUGUUGUGGCUGUGCAUCAAAGUUCACUCUCUUCAGAAAAGAGUUGGGUUGUAGAAACUGUGGCCAUGCUUUCUGCUCUGGGUGUCUGGCAUUCAAUGCAAAAUAUGGAGACAGCCAGCAGAAAGUCUGCAAACAGUGUUAUGGGAACCUAACAAGCUCAGGCAACCAGAGUGAUGCUGGCAGAUGGUCCCCACCUGAAAACUACAAAAAGCGAGUUGCUGCUCUUGAAGCCAAACAAGCUGCGCAGAACCAGCCGUCCAGACCUGCGGGAGCGAGAAGCAGCUCUGUGAGUCUGGUUUCUUCCAGAGGACUCAGUAAAGAGGACCAGAUCAUCGCAGAACGACUCAACAAGCUGAAAGAGGAAGCCAAGCCACAGUCCAUACCAUCAGAGAAGGAGCUGGAGUCUCGUCUCGCUGCGUUAAGAGCCCCGCUUCAGUCCUUCGUGCCGUCUGCUAAAGACACGGAGGAGCGUCUGGCUGCCCUACAGGGACGACCGUCGCCCUCUCAAGCCCCACGGCCUGUUCAUCAGCCGCCCGACAGCAGGACUCAGACAGAGCAGACCAAUGAUUUGAUCGCCCAGAUGACAGAAGAAGUUGCUAUUGAUAACCAGCAUCCAUCUUCAGAGGAUGGACCAUUAAACGAUCUUAAUAAGCAAGAGGGCGGGGGUGUGAAUGAGAACGAGGAUGAGGGCGAGCUGUCAAUCAAACAGCUGGAGGCGGAGAACAGCCGUGUGCUGGAGGAGGCCAUGCAGGAGCUGAAGAAAGACAAACACAACCAGCAGCAGAUGCUGGAGAUGGCCAGGAGACUGGCUUUCCUGCAGGGACGGGAUCCUGAGCAGGUCAGACUGUCAGAUUUCCAGCAGCCUGACAGUGAUGAGGAGACGGAGGAAGAGGCCAUCAACAGAGUGAUGAAGCGGUUAUCAGAGGAAGCAGCUUUAGAUGAGGCCAGCGGCUACAACAUCCCACCAGAGCUCAGCGGCCCGAUGAACAGAGAGAAGGACACGUCCAGCAGGAAACCGCUCUCAGUGCUGCGUUCUAAAUCAAAGCCGGCCGCUGCUGCCUCACAGAUCCAGCGUGUAAAAGAUGAUGAUAGGGAUGAGGAUGAUGAUGAAGAGCUGCCGUGGUGCUGCAUCUGUAAUCAGAACGCCACCAUUCGCUGCCACACGUGUGAGCGAGAUCUGUACUGCGCCCGCUGCUUUAGGGAAGGUCACGACAAAUAUGACAGAAAAGAGCAUCGCACUUCCUCAUAUACGGCCCCUAAGAAAGGCAAGAAGAAACCCUGAAACCUUCACGAGCAGCCGUAUGAUUUAGGUGAUUAACUUAUUUAAUUGUAGCCAACAGAAAAUAAUAAUGUCGCUUAAAUAUGCUUCUGACAACACAAAGUAGCCUUAGACUCAGGAUUGUUCAAAGUGUGAAAAUUAUGUUGUUAUCAUCGUUGGUGGAAUUAAUAGACUCUUAGAAGCUGUAAUAUGACCAUCUGUAAAUAUAAAACUGGACUGGACUUUAAUAAAAGACUUGCAGGUCAUGUGCACUAGAGAACUAGUUCUUCACGUCGCGUCUUCUCUUUGCUGGCAUUUCCAUGUUGUCAUGAAUAAUUCAAAGGCCAGUAUUGAGGGUAAGCAGAGCGCUGUCAGAGACGAAUGACAGGAAGUCCAGUGCAUUAGUGUUCCAGAGCCAUACUGACAUUUAAGACGCUACAUGACUUCACUGGCUUGUACUGUACUGUUAUCUGUUGGCAUCAGCAUUGGCAGACAUAACAAAAAGACAAAAUCAACAAUAAAUGGAAAACAUUGAAUGUGCUAAGUGUGUUAUGUGUGUGUGAACUGUACACUGAGUUAGUCAAAGCACAUAUCAGCACAUCAGCUGCUUUACUGUGUUAUCACUUUAUGACCUCGUGUGUGUGUGUGUGUGAGUGAGUGAGAGAGUGAGAGAGUGUGUGUGUGUGUGUGUAUACAGUAAAUCAGUGUUUGACCUUCAGCCCACAUACAUUCUGUAGUUACAUCACACUCCAGGACGUAGUCACGACCUGAAAAGCCUAGAACAUGGUUUUUAUUGUAUUGUAUUUUAUUUACUAUUACUUUUACUUUAUUUUGAGCAUUACACCUGUA